GUGCUGUAGCAGCGGGGAGCAGCCAACUACAACGCACGCACCGGGGACGACGCGCAUUCCACCUCGCAUAUCCUUCAUCCCAAGAUCGAACGGGAUUCGAUUUUGAAGUCUCGCUCCCGCCACUUGGAGGCGCCAACUCGGGUGCGUGAGCAGGGCGAAAAAUGGGUCAAGCCGCGAGCCAGGAAGAUGCGGAGCAGGAGGGACAGGCGGAGGGCGCGGAGGAGGACGACGACGAGGACGGAGGCAUCAUCCCGAUGCGCUCGGAUCGCUUUCUGGUGACGGACAGCGACAUUGCCUGCGAGGAGGCGGCAAGGCUGACUGCGGACCAACAGGAAGAUCCUUCGCCCGAUGACGAUGAGGGAGGAUGCGAGUACCAUGACAUGCCGCCGCCACCGGACGGUGGAUACGGCUGGGUGAUCGUGUUUGCCUCCUUCAUGUGCAACAUGAUCGUGGACGGUAUCGCCUACACGUUCGGUGUGUUCCUGAACGAGUUCGUGGUGUACUUCGGCGAAGGCAAGGGCACGGUGGCGUGGGUCGGAAGUUUGCUGAGCGGUAUGUACCUGAGUGCCGGACCGGUCGUGUCGGCGCUGGCGAACAAGUACGGCUGCCGGGCGGUCUGUAUUGCCGGCAGUAUAAUCUCCAGCGCAGCGUUUGCCCUGAGUACGCUCAGUACCUCGGUGACGAUGCUAAUGUUGACGUACGGUGUGAUGGGUGGCAUCGGGUUCGGGUUGAUCUAUCUGCCGGCCGUCGUCGCCGUGGGGUACUACUUCGAGACGAAGCGUUCGCUCGCCACCGGUAUCGCCGUGUGCGGGUCCGGCUUUGGCACGUUUGCGUUCGCCCCGCUGGCCAACAUGCUGCUGGAGAACUUUGACUGGAAGAACUCGAACCUGAUUCUGGCCGGUCUGAUCCUCAACUGUGCCGUGUUCGGUGCCAUGAUGCGUCCGCUAACGUACCCGAAGGAGGAAAAGGUGAAACCCCUGAUGCAGCGCAUGUACGAGGAAAAGCGCCUACAGAUGGAGCGGGGCUCGAUCGGUGGGUCCUACUUCAUGGUCCAGCUGCCGGACGGUACGAUGGAGAAAAGACUGAAAGCCCCGCUGAACGCCGACCCGGGUGUCCACUCGAGCCUGGCGCUGGACCAGCUGGCGGCGCAACAGGGCGGAAUGCACCCGGUCGCCACCCUGCCGACGAUUUCCGAGUUCAAGGCGCAGGAGCAGAACGGCAGCAGCGGCUCGUCGUCCGAGUCGAGCCAGAUCGAGAUGAAGAAACCGCUGAACAAGAAGCGCAACACCAACUCCGAGUCGGACGCGGCCGACUACGGUUCGGACAACCUGCCACGCAAUGCCUCACAGCCUGCCUUUACCAGCCAUCAGUCGGGUAUCCCCAAGAACGGCUCCGUGCCGACGUUCGAUCGCGUCCGAAAACACUCGACCGGAGAACGGUUUAAGCCUUCGCUGGCGGCCAUCAAGGCCAGCUCGCGGGGCGAUGUCGGUAGCAACGGUGACGUACGUAAAUCCAUGCACCUCAGACUCUCACGCGGCUCUGUCAACGGAAGCAAAAAUAAUAACGCUGAGGAAUUCGACGACGGCAGCAUGUUUACCUCAAAGGCCUCCCUGAAGGCGGACAAGCCAGUUAUGGUUCGGCCACUUUCGCGCAAGGAUAUCUUCUACUCCGGAUCCGUCACCAACCUCAAGGAGUUCCAGUCGCAGAAAUCGCUCACAAACUACCGCAAUUCGGUCGUUUCGCUAACCAAGUUCGAGAAGGAACAUCGUAACGACGUCCGGGACGAUGUGGAAAAGGGACGAGAAGAACAAUAUGACCUCUGCCCGUGCCUGGUACUGCCAGAGUCGUUCAAGAAUGCGAUCGGUGCGAUGAUGGACAUUAGUCUGCUGCGUGAUCCCGUCUUCAUGAUGAUUGGUGUAUCGAACAUUUUCGGCAUGGCCGGACUGUACGUCCCGUUCGUAUACCUGGUCGAUGCUGCCGUGCUUGAUGGAAUUGAACAAAAUUCAGCGUCGUUCCUUAUUUCGAUCAUCGGCAUCACCAACACCGUGGGAAGGAUCGUGUGUGGUUACGUGGCCGACUUUCCGCAAGUGGACGCCCUAUUCCUGAACAACAUUUGUCUAGUCAUUUCCACCGUGGCGGUCGCACUGACGCCUUUCUGUCACAGCUAUGCGGCGUAUGUGGUUAUGGCCAUCGCUUUCGGAAUUGCCAUCGCCGGUUACAUUUCACUGACGUCAAUUAUCCUGGUCGACCUGCUGGGCCUGGACAAGCUGACCAAUGCGUUCGGUUUGCUGAUCCUCUUCCGUGGUGCCGCCACGAUCGUCGGUUCGCCACUGGCGGGUGCCCUCUACGACGCAACACAGUCGUACUCGAUACCGUUCUUUGUCGCCGGCGGUCUGUUCGCGCUAUCGGCCAUCACCAGCUUCGCCGCACCGGCCAUGAAGAGAUUCCGCAAACAAUCGGAAGCACCAGUGCACGUGGAGGUGCUGACGCCGAUCGACGAGGAACCAUCGGAGGACCUGGCCGACGACGAUCAGCCGAUCACCAUGGUACCAAAGAUUAUACAAACCGCACCGAGCCCGUCCACGGAGCAGCCAGUUACUUCGAAUAUCACCUCAACGACCACGAUCAACAACGACGAUCGGAAACAGCCGCAGUCGAACGGAAGCGCCAAGGAAGCGGACAAGGAAGUGAGCCAAAUGGAGUCGGUGGUCUAGCGCUAUUGAGAGAACGACAGAAAAAAAGGAUAAACAAAGAGAGAGAGAGAGAAAAAGCGAUGUUGGAUAGAUUUUUACCGGCGUGUUUACUAACGUCCACGUUGUCCAUUAGUGGCGUUUCGGGAGUUCCAGCCAUCCUUAUCCCCGCAAAACCAGCCGAGGCGAUGUAAAUGGAUGCUGCUGGGUAAGGUCGAAAGGAUAG